UUUUUUUUUCCCUGCAAGGAAUAGAAAGAGGUUCGUCUGCAUUAUUGUUUAUUAUCGGUGCGCGUUGCAAUAUGAGCCGGCAGCAGCCUCUGUUGACAGACGCACGAGCUCUGAGGUGUGCGUGUCAGCGUGCAACAUAAAACGACAAAACAGAGGGAGAGAAAGGAAAGGGAGAGUGAGAGUGAGAGCACGCAUCGCUGGAUAUUAUAGGUUUUGGUAGCUCUCAUGGUGUAACACACCGCCCAGUCAGUAACCAACAGGAACCAGUUCAGUCCCUGCAAUGGCUUGUGUUGUAAAAUGGUCUUUUUAAAGAAGAAAUAAUGAAAACACGGACACACAAAGAAUCGAUGCCCAUGCGCAGUGGGCGACGGCGGGGGGCGAGUGAGGAGAGAAGGGGCAGACGCCCGCACACCAGCCCCACUCGCCCUGAACGCAACGAUAGACAAACGCAGAGAGGUGCUGGUGAGGAAUUGGCUGGAAAUCGCUUCAGUCGCAGAUCACAAGGGCAUGAUUCAUCAGAGAGUGAGGGGGAGGAACUUGUGUCUCCUCCAAAGAGGCAGAAAGUUCAGGAUUCGGCCUCUACCCCAAACCCUCCAACAUCAACACAUUCGACUGAUAGCUCGGCUCCUUCCACUGUCCCACCUCCAACCUCUGUUGCUAGCCAAUCCCGUGAGAGUGACAACGAAGAUGGCCAAUCCCAGGGCAGUAGGAGUUCAGUUGUAGGGAGCCUGGCCAAUAGUAGCAGUAGUCUGAGCAGUGGGCGGGAUAUAGACCAAGACAAUCGCUCCUCGUCCCCAAGUCUCUCCGCUUCCCCUUUGGGUAGCCUGGACUCUGAUUCCGAUGGCCCCGACUCACCAAAGCAAGGAGAGAGGGAACGAGAGAAAGGAAAGGAAGGAGGAGUGGGGAAGGUGGCGGGAGACGAUAGGAGAGCACAACGAGAGGGGAGAGGGGAGGAGUCCUGCGGAGAUGGAGAAAAGCGGGAAAUGGAUGCACGAAUUGAAGACUGUCCGUCUCUUAAGCCCUCCUCCACUCCCUGCUCUUCCUCUGGUCUGACCCCCUCCCUCCGGGGAGCGGGGGAUUCAUCAAAUGACAGCAAUAGCGGGAGGAAGUCCUAUUUCUCCCUGGACUCAAAAUUGAUGUGUAAAGUUGAGUAUGGUGGACCGCCAGGUGUUGAUGGUGCACUUAGUGGCAGCAGAAUGAAUUCCAAAGCCGGCACGCAGUGUGUGACCAAGACGACUAUCCCUGGAGGAGACUUUUCACAUAACAGCCUCAACAUUCCCCACUCUUUACCCCCUCCUCUUCCUCCUCCACCUGCACUGAAGCCCUUGGAGCUCGGGGGACAAAACCUUCCUGCUGAGGUUAAAAUAGAAAGAGACAAAAUAGAAAAGGCAGACAAACUCCUGGACAAGGCUCAGUCUACUCCUCCUUCUCUGUUGCCGCAAACCGGCCUCCAGCAGCAGUCCCAGCCUCAGACCCAACCCUCCACCCACCCUCACCACUACAGCUCCACCAGCUGGCAGGGUGGCACAGCAACUGGUUGCCAAGGGAGCUGGGGAUACACCCGUUACCCUGGCAACCACCACCCACACCAACCGCAGCACCAGCCCCCAGUGCAGCAGCAGCAACUUCCUUCUGUUUACAACCCUCCAUCCUCCCGCCACUCCUCCUCCCACCCGUCUUACCUCCCUCAUCCUCACCCGCACCCCCACAGGGAGUACCUUCCCAGGUACGCUGGAGGGGGAGGGGACAGAGAGAGGGGGGCUGCAGGAGAGAGGGACAGGGGAGUGAGGGGGGAGUGUGUGGGGAGGGAGAUCAACAGGGAGUUCUCUGCUCCCAUUGGCAACAGCAGCAACAAUAGUAGCGGGAGUAAUAGUAAUACUGCUUGUGGUGGGAUCGGUGGGUCCAACAGCAUCCAAAGCAGGGAGUUUGGGGGUCUGCCGGUGGGUCAGAACCGGGAUUUCCAAGGUUCUGGGAGGGAUGGACCUAACUUGGGUCCUGAAAGAAGAGACUUUGGACCAGGUUUCAGAGACAGGGAGCGAGAAAGGGAAAGGGACCGGGAUGCAGGGAGGGAGUUUCCUCUGCCAAACCAAAACCAGACCAGAGACUUUGGCCCCAAUGGAACUGGAGGGGGGCAUCCCAGAGACAAAGAGGGAGGCAGAUGGGGUGAGUUUGGGGGUCAGACAAGAGAGGUUGUAGGCAACAGUAACCCGAACAGCAACUCCAUUCCCCAGGGAAACCCCCGUUCUUCAGGAGGGCUACCUGCCACUCCCAUGCUGAACCGAGACCCACCUGCAUCACCCCAAAACAACCCAAGUCACCCUUCACACUCUUCCCUGCCCCCACACCCCCAUCCUCAUCCCCCAAACUCAUCCAGCCGAGACUUGCCUCCCACCAUGGACCAGGCACAAACCCCUCCCUCUGGAGCGGACCACUUUCACAGAGAGUAUCCUCCCACAGGAGGAAAAGACUUUCCUGCUGGGGCUCCUGCUUCCACUGGCACAAAUAGGGAGUACCUUAGCCCCCCUAGGGUGACUCCAAACUUGGGAAGAGAGUAUCCGGGGCCUGUAGGAACCCAUCACCCCCACCCACCUCACCCCCACUACCAGUCUGGGCCCAGAGAAAGGGAGAGAGACUCAAACCUGAGAGAUUCUGCUUUGUACCAAAACCGUGGAGGGCCAAAUCAGCCUCCUGCACUGUCUCCUUCCUCCUCUUCCAGCCAUCAUGGACACCCUCCAAAUGCUCCAUAUGCCCCACCACCACCUCAGCCUCCUCUACCCCCACCUCAGACCACGCACACCCAGCAAACCCCACCAGGUAUGGCACCCAAUGUACGUCCCCCACACUAUCAGUCCUCCGCCCAGACUCCUCCAACACCUCUAUCUCCGUUACCCAGCCCAUCCACAAAUCAGAUGGGAGGCUUCUCAUCAUUUCCCCCUGGCUCCGCAUCUGGACCCAACAUGGCCCUUCCUGGGCCAGGCGUGUCACCUGGAUGUCGUCCUACCCCUUUCCAUGGUACAUUGAACAGCCACCCUCCCUUCAGUGGAACGUACCACUCCAAUGGGAGUGGCAGUAACAUGGCCAACAUUAAUAGCAACAGUAGCGCACCCAAUAGCAGCAAUACCAACUCGCAAUCACUCUCGCCUCAAAGUAUCUCAAAAGGACCUCCACCUCUUAGUAACUCAGCCAACAUCAACAACAGCAUUUCAGCCCCUGCCUCCAGUUCUUCCCUACCUGGAGGAGACGGACAUUCAGAUUCAGGCCCACCUCCCAUACCUGUUAUCAAAGAAGAACCAAUAGAAGAAAGGGAAGAGACUGAAAGCCCUCCGCCGGUGUUGAGAAGCCCCUCUCCUGAACCCAAACCUGUAGACAUUCCCAUCCACGCCAGCCAGUCAGCAAGGUUUCACAAGGUCCUCGACCGUGGCAGUGGGAAUUCCUGCGCCCGCAGUGACGUCCUCUUUGUCCCGUUGGACGGCUCCAAACUGUGGAAGAAGAGGAAUGAGGUGAUAGAGAGGGCUCGCAGGGAGGUCGAGCAGCGGGCAAGAGACCUCAGAGAAAAAGAAAGGGAACGGGAGAGGGAGCGUGAGCGUGAGAGGGAACUGGAUCGACAUCUACAGCAGCAGAAGGAUGUCAACGCUGCUGGAGGGGGUCGCCAAGGCUCCUCUCUCUUCUUCCCCUCCUCGUCUUCUAUCAUCCUCGACCCUUCAUCUUCUUCCUCUUCCUCUGGCAACUCCGUCUCCCACCCUCCCCCUCACCAGCAGCAUCAUCCCUCACACCCGCAUGCUCACCUUGCUCAAGCCCACCAUCUCCACCCAUCUCUUGCUCACUCCAUCCCCCACUCCCUCCUUCUGCCAUCCAUGGGUGGGACAUCAACAGUCGUUGGCCCUCAGGGAGCCCUGGGAAUAGGUUUAGGAGGUCCAUAUCUGGGCCCUGACACCCCAGCGCUGAGAACCCUGAGCGAGUAUGCUCGCCCUCAUGCUAUGUCUCCACUCGGGGCAGCAAGUCGUGCCCAGGCACACCACGCACAAGUUCACCAUGGCCAUCCUCACGUCCACCCCUCGUUCUUCCUUCCUCAGUUCCAGAAUCACGCUUUAGGCCACCCGCAUCACAUGCCAACUGAUGCAGCUACAGCUGCAGCCAUCUUGGGCUUUCUGUACGGUGGCAGCCUCGAAGGGGGUCCAGGUGUUGGAGGCCACGCUGGAAUGGCAGGAGGCCCAAUACCUGGAGGGAUGGGGGGUGCCGGGUUCGGAGGAGUCGGCUUUCCUCAUGCAGUGGCUGCACAUCGAGAACGAAUGAAGCAAGGAUUUGAAUUUAAGAGUGAUGAUCGGAUUUACCAACCAGGGUCCAUACCCGAUCACGCUGCUCUUGCCCUUGCUCACUCUCACUCUCAUGCCCACGCCCAUGCUCACGCCCAUGCUCAUGCCCAUGCUCAUGCUCAUGCCCAUGCUAAUGCCCAUGCACACGCUCAUGCUCAUGCACAUGCACACACACAUGCACACUCCCUGCUACUUGGAGGUGGUGCAGCAGGAGCUAAUGAGGUGACACUCUAUGGCACUCCCCCCCCAGCGUCCACUGGCCCACCGCACCUCCAGAGCCCGACCCUGGCCCAAGUAACUCGACCUCCCAACCCUCCUGCCCCUCAGUCCCUGUCCAAUCCACCCCCUUCAUCUCUCCUCACACCCACUCUCCCCUCUCACCCAUCAUCUGCACCACCAGCUGCCCCCCCAGCCCCAGCAGGCCCUGCUGCUCCUCCGCCAGCUCCUCCUCCACCUGUUCCGCCAACGUCCAAUGCCUCCUCACUUCAUCACCCGGUUCCCCAUUCUUCUUUUCCCAGCUCCCUGUCCUCUCAUUUGCCACCAGCCACUGCUCCAGCCGCUCCCCCUGAGAACUACCCCACUCCCACUCGCUCUCCUGCCUCCUUUGAGCGGGACAGGAGUGGGGAAAGAGAGCGGGAGAGGGAGAGAGACAGAGCAGCUUUGCCGGCCUUUGGGGACAGAGAGCGAGAAAGAGAAAGGGAGAGAGAAAGAGAAAGGGGAGGAAGUGGUGGAAAUGGAGGAGGAGGAGGAAGUGGAGGAAGUGGAGGAGGAACGGGAGGAAGUGGAGGAGGAGGAGAGAAUCUUGGGCGUCUUCAGAUGUUAAACGUGACACCCCAUCACCACCAGCAUUCACACAUCCACUCACACCUACACCUGCACCAGCAAGACACAGCGACGGGCGGGGUACACCCCCUGAUGGACCCGUUGGCGUCGGGGUCUCCUUUGACACGCCUCCCUUACCCAGGAGCCACACUAGGCACCCCCAUCCUGGCUCACCCCCUCACUGACAGCGAGGUGCUCCGCCAACAGCUGUUCGGUGAGGAGAAGGCUCCUCGUCCAUGUGCUCCUUUCCGUGACCUGCCCCAGCCGUCCUCCCUCACUGGUCCCAUGUCGGCAGCCCAUCAGCUCCAGGCCAUGCAGCAGGCCCAGAGCGCAGAGCUGCAGAUCCAGAGACUGGCCCUCGAACAACAGUGGAUCCAUCACCAUCACCACCACUCCCUCACCCAGGACGAGUAUUACAGUCACCUGAAGAAAGAAAGUGACAAAUCCCUGUGAGGGAGGGGCACGACAAAGAGCAGCAUGGAGAAAAACGAGGGAGAAUGUGGGCAAAAUGAAACGCAAAGGAUAGGCACUGAAAACAAUGAAGGAAUAAAGACUCUAAAUAAAAGCUGGACUAAUGGACGGGGAAUCCAAUGAAGAAAACAAGAAGAUUUUUGAAGGAUUGAAAAAAGAGAUAAGAGGUUGUGAAAACGUUGCACAGAGACCCUGCUAACUGCACCAAGUUGAAGAUCCAGACUCCGGCGCUUCCCUGCAUUAUGUUCUCAAACUCCAGUCCUGUUUUGUAUCGUGCUCUGUACAGUAUAUUAGAUGGGGGAGGCAAUAGUGAAGUACAGUAUGUGUAAAAUACUUGAUGCCAGAAGGAAUGUGUACAUGAGUCUCUUUUAUGUCAUUGCAUGUAGCUAGGCGCUUAUUCUGAACUGGUGGAACUUUUGGUUCUAUUUUUAGUAAUUACCCCCUCUUUUGUAUCUGAGGGGCGUUCUAUAUGCAUGAGACCAGCAAUUUAGUGUUAUGUUAUGUUUAUUAUCAAUAGUAUUGUUAUUAUGAUUAAUGUUGUCUGUUUGUUGAUAAUGAUAUAAUUAUAUAUACAGUACAUAUUAUUUGUAUUAUUUUUUUACAUUUUCAUGGUAUGGCAGUUGGUUUUUAUUUUUAUUUUUUAUUUUCAAUUUACCUUGUGAAACAAGAUGCAAAUG